GACAUUAUUUUUGACAGUUGAUGUACGUGGCCGACGAAAUAGAAAUAUCUUCCACUGCCGAUAUUAUUUGCGUUUACUUUUCUAAUGCAAUUCUAAUUGACUUUAUACUAUUCUUGAUGAUUAAUAGAAUUUAAGCCUUAAAAUCAAGUAUACCGAAGAUCGCCAUGGGUUUGUGUAAAUGUCCAAAGAGACGUGUUACAAAUCAGUUUUGUUUCGAACACAGAGUUAAUGUUUGUGAAUAUUGUAUGGUCACGAAUCACCCCAAGUGCAUCAUACAAUCUUAUUUGCAAUGGUUGCAAGACAGCGACUACAACCCCAUAUGUGAAAUUUGCACAAAACCACUGAGUGAAGGCGAAUGUAUUCGGCUCACUUGUUAUCAUGUAUUCCACUGGGCUUGUGCAGAGUCCAGGUAUAGAUCCCUGCCCAGGACAACAGCUCCUGCAGGGUAUCAAUGUCCAUCAUGUGCGACUCCUGUGUUUCCACCACCAAAUCUGGUAUCACCAGUGGCCGAUGUCCUGAAGGAGAAGCUGGCUGGUGUGAAUUGGGCAAGGGCUGGAUUGGGCCUACCAUUGCUUUCAGAGGACCAAGACCUAAAGGGUGCAGCUAGCAGACGCAGCCAGUCUCCAAUGGAUCCCACAUCGUAUUACACUAUGGACAGUCACCGCGGGACUCCUGUCGGUGCAAGUGAUGACGAGUCAAGCAGUCGACCCUCAAAUGCAACACCACAUUCCAUUGUUCAGAUUCCAGAUGACCCUGUUAAUGUUUUUGACAAUACCGUUAAGAGGAAUGAUGGCUUGCAAGGUGGUCAAGCAUCAAGAAAGAAUUUAAAGUCAACUGAUCACUCUAAAGAAACAGUAAACUACGACCAUGACGAGAAUAAGUACAAACAAAAGUCGACAUUUGCUUGGAUCAGCAGAUGGUGGAAAAACACUCUCCCAUCUUCCCGUGUGCGAAGGGCCGGAGGUAUCUACAGGCGCUACUGGAUCUUGCUUCUAGUUCUUCUUAUUGUAAUUAUGUUACUGUUGCUACUAAGCCAUCGAGAAAUGAGUGAAGAGAGCCCAUUCGCGUAUGUCGAGGAUGAUGACCGAAGGAUUCUCCAAAAAAACUGAUGUUUAAAUAAUUUAUAAUUAUUAUAUAUUUAAAUCAAGCAAUUUUUAAAGUGAUAAAAUAUAAAAUAGUAUGUGAAUAUGCUUACUUUAAUGCUCUAUAACACCUUAAUUAAAUGUUUCAAUUAAAAACCAUAAUAUAUUUAUAUAAAUUACAACAUUGUACAAUGUAAGCUAGCUUAUAAAUAUAAAGGCAGACUUCAUAAGGCUCGAUUACACAUUGAGACAAGAACCA